AGGCGGACUAUCCAGCCGAGUCUAGCAACACCGCUUUUUGCAUCCUGGCUGCCAGGUAUGGAUUAUUGUUAAAAAGUUUUUUGCUAUUAUUAUUCAAUCUGUACACGAGCUGUAUGCGCACUGUAUAAGAAGUUAAGAACAGAUCUUAGCCAAGCUUGUCUAUUUAAAUACGUACUUGGUCUAUGACUUGAGCAAACCACUAUCUUCAGAUUGGACUACUUGCUUUGCACACUCUAUACCAAGUGCCGAUUAAUCUGAGCAAGCAUCUAUGUGACAAGAAUGAUGAAAGAGCGAUCAGAGAACAGGAAAGGUGGUUAGGUAUCAGUUCAAACAACUCGUCAGGGCACUGCCCCGGUGCCCAUUGUAGAGUCGACAGCACACACAUAGAGAGCUCUCGUCUUCAUGGUGCUCUAGGGAUUCGAAAGUGCAAAUCAGCUCGGAAUAAUUGUCCUCAAACUGUUCUGAAAACUGGCUAAAUGUUUCAAAAAGUCGCAUGUAUAAUAAAUUGUAGUCAAGACUGCUGUCUCUUGACCAAGAGACGGCAAUUUCACAAUAGAUUAUUGUAGCACGCUUCUUAAGUAGAGUAAUGAUAUUAUCACUUCUUUUAUUGAAUGCACGAGCCAAAAAAAUAAGGUUAUUUUUGGUCGCAAAUCUGCGGUUCAUGAUAAGAGGUAGUAUGUACCGUGUAAUGUACUUCGAUUAACGAAGUUGGUACAAAAAACUUACUAGUGCUGAAGUUAGUCACACAAGGGACAUCGCCGCGCGCUGCCGUCUCGAACCGAUUGUGUUGAUUGCGUCAUAUAAUAUAUAAGUGGUACAUAUACAAGUGGUGCAGUGAUGUGGGUUUCCAACGGUGUUGUUUCGAAUGGAGGACAUCGGGUUGAGCCUGUAUCCGAUGUCGCGGUGGUGGACGAAAGGGCAAUAGCUGCGGCACUCCCGCCCUCUCACAUAGAGACUAUCAACGUUACAAAGUCAUCUAAAGUACACGUUGGUACAAAAGUCGUAUCAAUUACGCAGAAUGUUCACAACAAGGAAAUGCUUAAAGGCCGUUUCCUAGGCCUCGAACUGGUGUCCACGAAACACGCUCGAAGGCUGCGCUGCAGCGUCGCCGUCUUCGUGUGUUGGGCGUUUCUGGUCGCAUCGGGCCUGAUUCUUUACCUCAUAUAUAUCGCGUUACCCAAAGAAACACGACAAGACAUAGGUUUAAAUGAGACUUGGUACCUGCGCCGGGACGAAUGGAUGGCGAUGCCUUCUUACGGCGAAGACUUCCUGAGGCUGCCAGUUGGCCACGUAGUCAUUGGUCACUCAGCUGCCAACUAUUGCAACCAACGAUACAGAUGUGUAGAGCAAAUACUCGUCAUCCAAGCAGAUCAUAUGCGACGAGGCUUCGCAGAUAUCGGGCCAAACUUUUUGGUUGGCGGCAACGGAUAUGUCUUCGAAGGGAGAGGCGCGAAUGUUUUUGGGGCUAUGGUGACCUCAUGGAAUAGAAGGAGUAUAUCCAUCAUGUUUUUAGGGAACUACGUUAAUAAUAGGCCUGAUGAAGCGCAGUUCAAUCAUACAAUCAUUCUGCUCGACACGCUGGUGAAUGAAGGUGUGCUGCGACCUGAUUAUAUCUUGUUCGGCCAGUGUCAAUUGGUACCGCUAACGGUCAGUCCUGGGCCUCAUUUGGUUGCUGAGUUGAAGCGUUUUUCCCACUGGAACGACUCUGGAAUAGAGGGUUGUUUACCAGCAUAUUUGCCCUUGCCGCUGUACCUGUGGAACAUAAUCAAGAACAGCUCUCGGACCGAGAGGCUGUCUUGCGGCGCGGCUCUUGUCGCUCUCCUUGUCUGCAUUACUCUCAUCGUCUACUUCUCUGUUAAGAGCAGCAAAGCGAGUGGCUUCGGAGAUAGACCGCCUCACGAGUGGAACAUCACCCGCGACAUGUGGCUCGCGCAACCCUACAACCACACGCAGAUAGCAAACAACAUGUCGCCAGUGAUGCUGGCGAUCAUCCAGCACACGGUCAGCUCUCAGUGCACGGGGUACUCGCAGUGUGCUGCAGAGCUGAGGAACAUACAGGGCUACUACAUCAAAGAUAUGGACUACGACAUACCAUACAAUUUCCUCAUUGGUAAUGACGGACGCGUUUACGAAGGUCGAGGGUGGAACAUCGAAGGUGCUCAUACUUUCGGCUACAACCGCUGCUCGCUUGGCAUAGGAUUUAUUGGUGAUUAUAGGGAGGAGAUACCUAACCACGCGCGCGUAACUGCAUCCCAGUUGAACCGGACUAGGAUGAUGUUCGACGAAGGCGUUCGACGUGGUUUUCUUCGGCCAGACUUCAAGGUCGUUGGAGCAAAGGAUCUCCGCGAUACAGCUAGUCCAGGCUCUAACCUCUACAACGCUAUAAGAAAAUGGGACAACUACGACCACCAAAAUCGAUUCGUGGGCAUGAAUUGUGAACAAAUACAGGAUAAAUACGGGAAUGUAGAACUGUAGACUGUAGAGCAAUAUAUCACAAAUUAGAAUAAUACAGAUAUUCGUUUUCUAAGCUAGAUAUCUAAGGGAAGAUGUACGUACGUUUUGUCUCGCAGAAUAACUACCUACUAGAUUACAUACUCUUUGCCUACUAGCACAUACUAGGACAUAAGAUAAUUCUAAGGCGCAACGCACACUUACGGAGUAAAAUAGAAACGAGACUAUAGCCCGGUAUCCACUAAAACAGAGAUGGGCGCAGGUCAAUCAAAUUAUUUAUUAAUAGACUAGUUGAUGCCCGCGACUUCGUUCGCGUGGAUAUAAGUUUUUUAGUCCUGUGGAAACUCUUUCAUUUUCUGGGAUAAAAAGUAGCCUAUGUGUUAAUCCAAGGUCCUCCUCAAUCCUGAUGCUGCAGAUGACCUUACCACCAAAGCUGAUGGGAUUUAGAAACUGUCGGUUAUAAAUUGAUAUUGAAGGUAUCUAUGCCUAAAAACUUUGUCGUUUACCUCGAGGACCCAACUCCCAACCCUGAUGUUCUAAGGAAGGAAUUGGAUUCCUAGAACCUGGUAAUACCACGGGAUUUUUAAUCAUCCGUUUAAUAAUGUUUUUUACGUUGGUAUGUAGAUAUUUUGCAUCCCGGGGACGGGCUUUUACAGAUGAUCUCUCAGGCCUAAUAACUAACUAGGAGCAACAGCAAACUUCCAUACAUAUUAUAAUGUAUUGAGAAAAAAGUUUUUGUACACACAUGAAAAAUAGUAGAUUGUAUCAUAAGGGAGCAAAAUAAUAUUUUUUGGCUAGGGCGCUUUUUUGAAUCCAGAGCGAAGUGAGGGAUUACAGAGUAGAGUCCCGAGCGUAGCAAGGGAUUCUUUAGUACAAUCCCGAACGUAGCGAGGGAUUCAAAGUACGUCGCCCGAGCCAAAAAAUAUUUAGCGCCCGAGUGAUACACUCUACUUUUCAUCACCCUCUAUGAGGAAAUAAAAGGAGCCUCAUAUUUUAUUGUAUUAUUAUUAUUAUUUAAGAAAACAGAGUAACACUAAAUUGAAAUUAAAUAGUAUACAGUACAUAGUUAACUAUUAAUCAAACAACUAAAUACUUAUAUUCACAUUUGAGACAUUUUCGCAAUUAUGAAACUUUAUAUUUACAGUUUUAUUAGGAAUAGAGAAUGUUGUAGAUUUUAUAGUCUGCGUGUUUGAAAUAACUGUUUGAAACAUUAAAUAAUUCCUAUACUAAAUUAAAUAAAAUUGGUCAGUCUAUCCUAAUUUUUGUACUGGAUUUAUUUUUAAAACUUAUUUUCUGUUAAAGGUUUUAAAUAGGUAGAACAAUGCGAUUAUAUACGAAAACUCGAAUGUGGAAAUUGGUGAACCGUUAAAAAUACACAAAUCAAACCCCUUCAAAAACUAUUAUUAAAAACCCAAAAAUAUAUAAAAAUGUGUAAGACAGACAAUGUGGGUAUGCGUGCACGCACCCACGCACUACACUAGUUGUAAUAUAUAUUAUUAUUAUUAGAUACGUUUUAUAGGUAGAUUAGAUUUGAUUCGAUUAGCCAUAUUAGCAAAGGUCGAUAAUUUCAUUCAGGGGAAUCCUGAAAGAUAAACAAUCAGCUUAAAUAAAUUCUUUUCAACAAGUUUUUAUUGAAAAUCGC